AUGCCAUUGAACUUAGCUGAAGGAAUUUCCGAAGACGACACUAAUGCUUUUGGCUUCUCGUAUUAUAAGGUGUUCGAUCCACGAAUACCAACAUGUUCGGUGUUUGACGAUCCAAAUUGCCAGUUCCCGGAAAAUUACAGUCUUCUUGACAUUGACGAUUAUCGUAUUUCCUACAUGAAAGAGAUGUAUGAGUUUUGGAAGGGGAAAUUUGUAAAAUGGGAAAUGGGGAAUUUUUCGCGAGAAUACAGCAUGAGCAUCUACUGGUCGGCACUCACUAUCACCACAUGCGGUCAACAGCCCUAUCCGUCUUCAUCUUCACAGAAUAUGUUGGAGGUAAUCGAUACAUUGAUUGGCGUGUUGGUGUUCGCCACCAUCAUUGGCGGUGUGGGUAGUGUUGUGACACAAAUGAACGAGGAUGUUUAUGAUUUUCGACAGAAAAUGGAUGGUAUCAAAUUCUAUAUGAAAUAUCGAAUGGUCACGCCAGCAAUCCAAGAGCGUGUCAUCGCUUGUUUCACCUAUAUGCACUCAGUACAUCAACUGUAUGAUGAACAGGAACUUUUAGAUGUAUUACCACCAAGACUACAAGGUCAGAUUGCUGUUAAUCUGCACAUGGAUACCCUGAAAAAAGUGGAACUGUUUAAGCAAUGCAGCGCGGGAUUUCUUUACGAGGUUGUGUUGCGAAUCAAGCAGCAGAUCUACAGCCCUAAUGAUUACUUGUUUCGAGCUGGUGAACGAGCUAAGGAGAUGUUCAUUGUUAAGCGCGGAACAUUACAUGUGAUCGAUGAGAAUACCUCAACGCCAACAAUGACCAUCACAGACGGCGCAACCAUCGGUGAGAUGUCGGUGAUUCUGAUUGCCGGUAAUCAGUUGGGUGAUCGUCGAACAGUAUCGUUACUAUCAGAAGGCUAUUCGGAUGUCUAUAUACUGAAUCAGGACGAUGUGUCGGCGAUUUUAAAGGACUAUCCGUCUGACAGAGAGACUUUGAUUAACAAUGCACGAGAAAUGUUACGGUCACGUAAUCUACUGGCUGAGAACCCUGAUGGAUCGACCGAUGAUGAGCCGAUUACCAUGUUGUCAUUAGAGGAGCAGUUGAAUCGUCUAAAAGAUCAGAUCGGCGAACUCGAUAAACAGUUGAACAAUAUGUGUGCUUCAUUUGAGAGCGUCGAAGAUGCACAUCGCUGGUCUGGCGUCACGUAA